AUGUCCGGGAGCAAUGAUAAAGUGUCGACUACGCAGCGUAUGAUUCAAAGUGUUGCUUUCCCUCCCAGCCACAAGCUCACAGUAUCUGAAGUAUUCGAUGAAAAAACUGGAAAACCUAUACCAGAUGUACUGAAGCAACAUUUUAUCUUAGAGGGUCGGAUUGAGGAAAAUGCAGCUUUGCGCAUCAUCCAAGAUGGUGCCACCUUAUUACGAUCAGAAAAAACUAUGAUCGAGAUUGAUUCACCGGUGACUGUGUGCGGAGACGUCCAUGGCCAGUUUUAUGAUUUGAUGAAACUGUUCGAGGUGGGAGGCUCGCCUUCGUGCACCAAGUAUUUAUUCUUAGAGUACUUCACUUUCAAACAGGAAUGCAAAAUUAAGUAUUCCGAGAAAGUGUAUGAUGCUUGUAUGGAGGCUUUUGACUGCUUACCCCUUGCUGCUCUUAUGAACCAGCAGUUCCUAUGUGUACAUGGCGGGCUCUCCCCUGAAAUUAACAGCUUAGAUGAUAUUCGGAAACUAGAUAGAUUCAAAGAACCACCAGCAUUUGGUGCAAUGUGUGACCUCCUUUGGUCUGAUCCCCUUGAGGACUUUGGCAAUGAAAAAAAUGCUGAACAUUUCUCGCACAACUCUGUAACAGAAAUGCUGGUCAAUGUAUUAAAUAUUUGUUCUGAUGAUGAGCUAAUGUCUGAAGGAGAUGAUGCAUUGGAGGAAGCUAAUCUCAGGAAAGAAGUUAUACGUAACAAGAUUCGUGCUAUUGGUAAAAUGGCUCAUGUAUUCUCUGUUCUUCGUGAAGAGAGUGAAUCAGUUCUGCAGCUCAAAGGUUUAACUCCAACUGGUGCACUACCUCUGGGUGCACUUUCUGGUGGUAAAACAUCUCUUAAAAAUGCUUUGCAAGGUUUCUCUCCCAACCAUAAGAUAACCUCAUUUGCUGAAGCAAAAGGUCUUGAUGCUAUCAAUGAGCGUAUGCCACCAAGGCGAGAUGGUCAACGUACUCCUGACACCCAAGACAAAAAAGCACAUGUGAACAGCAAUGCACAUUCG